UCGGGUCUAGUAUCAAGCGGAUCGCCCUGUAGUAACAGGUGUUUCGUAAACCUCCGUAAACCUGGCGUUGAUUAAAAUAAAAAUGUCGAUCGACGCCUUGGCCGAUCGAAACCGUUUCGAGCCGCCUCGAGGCCGUCGCUACCGGAACGGAGACAGUGAUAAACACCGCAGCGAGGAGGCGCGAGACGGACGUACCAGAAGAGAAAGAGUGGGAAGAGCGACGAGGACGUCGCUCGGAAGAAGCUCCACCUCGCGGCGGAGGGACAGAGACAGGGCCACGAGAGUCAGGGAGCGAGUGUUCUACUCGGACGCAGUUAUGCCGACCAGCUCAAACUGGGUGCCGCCAAAUCGAACCCCGGUUCGAAUUCCGCACGGCCGCGGCCGCGAGAAGGAAACGCGCGAGGAAGAGGAAGAGGACGCCGAGGAGGAAGCCAACGGAAAGGGCUCGUGCCGGUGAGAUAGGACAACAACGCGAGGAAAGGCACGAAAAAGGGAGAAAAAGGUACGUCGCCCGAAGGAAACUUUCUGCCUUCCUGAACCAGUGUAUGGAGAGAGAGAGAAAGAGAGAAAAAAAGAAAGAAAAACGCGAGAAAGGGCGAGAAGGUUGGACACAGAGAGCCGAGAGGAGGGGGAGGAGGUUCGACGAGGGACCAAGCGCCACGUCGGGAGAUAAAAAGACGAGCGAGAAGGUCGGGGCACCGUGCCGCCGGUCGUUAGUGAGGUGCAAGUAAAAGAAGGAUGAAAAAGGGUAUUGUUGCUUCGAGCUGCUCGUGUUUUUGUUUCUCUUCUUUCCACGCUCCUUUCGUCUCUAGUGAAUGUGUGUCGCGUGUGACGAACCCUCUGUGUCGGGUCUUUUUUCCUCCUUUCCCUGCCGCGGUGGGAAACUCGGCGGGACUUUUUUUUUUUACACACGCGCGCUUUGCGUGGGCUCCUCGAGGUCGCGCGGCGAUCGUUUCCGGGCAAGACGUUCACGUGCUUUCCAAGUGGAAAUAAGUUCCGGUUGAAGGAUGGGAGCACGGGAAAUCUAGGAAGCCUGGAAAUUGGCAGGUGGGAGCUUUCGCCAGUAAAUUUUUCUGCGGAGGUUGCACGGUGUCGGUUCCUACGGGUCGAGGGUAUUUUCUGCGUCGAUGAUUCAGAGACGUCCGGCGAUCAUAUGAUUGAGUGCCGUUGAGAGAUCUGCGACAUAGCGAGCAGCUAAUGGCUAACUAAGGAGACAGGACUAAUAUCUUAUGAUCUGAAACUGGAGGAUUCGAGGAUUGGCCACCGGUCUUCGAAACUCAUAUUUCAUCGCGGAAGUCGAGGCUUGAAAGAAGUCUCAGAGGCAGUCUGAGACAGUUGACAAAAAAUCAAAGAAGACAGAAAGGUAGGAAGACGUUUCAGAAAAAAGAAGAGACGACUGAGGCAGCAAGGGAACUUUUAAAGAAGCAUUCCAAGAACAGGAAGGGUUCUAAGAUACCUCCAAAAGAAGAAGAGUCAGGAGAAACAUAAUUUAGAAGAGAAGAAUAAUGUAUCUAAAAGGUAUCCAAAGGAAGAAAUAACAAUUGCGAGAGUCUCGGUGAACACCUCUAAAAAUUCGAAAAGAAUCAAAGUGUCUGAAGGUAACCAAGCAAGCCCUGAAGAGGUAUCCGAACAUUCAAAGUAAGAAACCUACAGCAAGGCCUGAAUCUGCCUAAAAGAAGAGUCCCAGGUUCCAUGAAGAACACCUUCGACGCGCUACAGGGUUGUUGUUCGGUGGGGGUGGCGUAAAAAUUCUGACGACGAUAAAUUCGGAUCAGCGGCGCGGAUAAAUCCCGCGGGAAUCGAAGCGUGAAGGGACCAGGGAGGAAGUAUCUUUCUUUUUUUGCCCUACAAGGACAGAAGAUCGCGCGGGAUAAAUUCCCGCGAACGCGCGAAUAAAUUGAAAGAAAUACAGGGGAACAAAAGAAAACCGAGGAGCGCUGAUAAACGGGGUUGGACCGCAGAGGAACGAGAAGGGAAGACCGAGGAUUGUCCGAAAGAGGAAGAGUAGUCUGGGAAGAGUCUGAGAGAAGGGAAUCUGAAGAAGAGAAUAUUUUGAAUAAUAUCGCGGAAGAGAAGAGAGUCUGAGGAUUUGUUGAAGAGAAGGGAAUAGCCUGGGAUGAGGUAACAGUUGCAAGAAGAAAACACGAGGAAAGUCUGAAAGAAGAAAAUAGUAGAAUUCUGAAAAAAUCUUCUGAGACCUGUCUCGCCAAGUCUAAAAGAAGAAAUAGGAACGUUGAGAGUGUCAGUCGUGCCAAACGUAACGAGACCUAUCUGGAGAAGUCUGCAAAGCUCCAAAAGAACCUAACCUCACCAGUUGAACCGCGAAAGAAGAAAUCCACAGAAAGUCCUGAAUCCAUAAAGCGCAUAAAUGAGAAAGCGGCGAGCAGACCGAGACAACACCCAGGGGACUAAGAAUGAAGUCACAUAACAUUACGUAGCUACUUGAACGCGUUGCUUCGUUCUCCGAAGACUUCCGGAGUCGGUUCCUAAUGGCGCAAUAUAAUUCAACGCGUUCGCAGCCAUUAAGCGAAGAUAAAAUCCCUGUCGAAGAGCUAAUGGCCAAUCGUAAAGCUGCCAGAAGGCGGACAGCGUAAAAAACGUGGCAGAAACACGCGUCCUGGUGUUUCGCGGAAGACGUCUUUUCUCGUUUCGCUUCCAUUAUGUAUGUCCUCGCUGGUUGAAAGUAUUCGUUGAGUAUCGCGCGGUGAACGUUCGGCGAGAUGCCGUGAAUCUGUGACCAUGGUAAGUGUGAGUCCUGUUAAGUGUGGUGGGUGAAGUGGAUUUUUGAAACGGUGCCUUGGCUCUAAAUUAACGAACACAAUGGCGGGCACUGGAGUGAGCGUAGCUGGAGCUGGGAUGCUGAGGACCAGACGCAGGGACGUCAGCGUGAAGCCAAACAGGAAACUCGACCGGAAGUCCUCGAGGGGGAUGAUAUACGAGAACGAGGAACUGAGACUUAGAACUAUUCGCAUAAACGCUGAAGUGGAACAAGGUCAGAACGACAUCAAGAAGCUGCGCAGGGAGAACGAGCAGCUACGUAGAGAGAUAUGGAGCCUCAGGGACGAGUACGACAAGCUCGAGGAGAUCCUGAAGAGGCAGAAGAGCCGCGAAGGAAGCGAAGAAUACGAGGAUCGCUCCGACGAGGAUGACGGUCUGGAAUCGCACUACUCAUCCGAGCAGGACGAGGACUUCGCCCAGGAGGAGAACGGCCAGGAGCCCGAUAAAGACCUCAACAAGGCCGAGCAGCUAGAGAACGCGGAGAAUCAGAAGAUCUCCUCGGAGAAGAUGACCAACAGCCUGCACAGACUACACGUGGACUUCGACGACCUGUCGGUGGUCGACGAAGAGGAGGAAUUGAAGAAGGACAAGGAGAAAGGGUCCUCGGAAGAUGGCCAGCACUCGAAGGAGGGUAAGAGCCCUCCGCCAAUCCUGAAGCCCAGGCAUCUCCACGAGAACAUUCCCUUUUACCCUGGCACCUACGAACCGUCCGCCAUGGGCGGUACCAGUUACUAUGCCGGGUGCCCUUUCAAAUUCCCGAGCACCUUGAAUCUGAUGAUGCCCGCUGACGCGACGGAAAUGGAUUCGUCGUGUCCCAGGUUGGACACGGAUCCUCUGCUACCCAUCACAGGGCUGCCUGGCCUGAACAUGAGCCAGAUGAACGAUCAGACGCUGCACGUGCCACCCGUGGGCUGGCAGAGCAACAUCCUGGUACCUCAGAAGCAGAUGGCGACCUAUGGCCCGCACGAAAUCGCUAUCCCUUCGGGAAUGCAGAUGUACAACGGGUUUUCCCAGGAGCAGCAGCGGUAUGCGCAGGCGGCAGGUGGAUUCUCGAACUUCCCGAACCUAGUUCCGAGGAGGAACGUUGGGCUCAAACAGCAGGGUGGCUUGGUCAACGCGGGAUCCUUCGGAGAACCUCAAUCCAAGCCCGAGAGGCUCAUCAUGGAAAACGGUUGGAGUUACCACGUUGACACCUCAAAGUUGACAAGCGCGAAGGGUCCAGAGGAGAGUCUAGCGCUAGCAGGAACUGAGAAGCCACAGCAGAGACAGUUCUUCGCCCCGAUAUCCUCCAAGUUGAAGAAGCGAGCCGAGGAACCCUCGCCCACGAUCAGCCACUUUGGAACUGCGAACAGCUCCAGCAGCGGGAGAACCGAGUCCACGGUGAUCUCGAAGAACCAGUUCAUGUUCGAGAAGGGAUCAGCUGACGUCUACGUGAACGGAGCUGUGCCCUGUGAGGGCAACGAUUAUAGAAUCAUGGGGGACCAGAAGACGUUCCUGAGCACGGACAACCUGCUGAUCAACGACGACAGAUCCACCUGUGGCAAUCAGCUGGUGAAGUCGAUGUCUUGCCAAGACCUGACCAGCGAGUCACAGGCUGCCUCCAUUGGCCCUGAAGGCAGGCAGCAGCUGCUGACUCAAAGUGACAACACCUUGGACAACAUAUCAGACUCCAAGCCGUUCAAGUCCCACCUGAGUGUCACCUUAAAGAGGCCUUGGGUAAAAGAGGUAGUAGGCCAUGAUACUCCAGAAAUUCCCAAGCUGCCAUCCGUGGACUAUCGCAUCUUCAAGAACCCUUUCCUACGGACGUUCGACCCGAGCUACGGCUAUGUGGAUAAAAACAACGUGACCAGGCCUUUGUCCGUCCAGGUAAACGACGACAGCCUUGGCUACUACCCGGCCCAACCCGACAUGUCUACCCUCCACAGAGUCCAUCCCGGCGAAAGGUACAAACACGUUCAACCCGACCAAAGUCGCCUUCUGAUCCCCUCCAACCAGCUAGUCAACGGAAAGCUCGUGACGUCCCCGGGAAACAAGCACGAGAUCCAGGUGACCUCCUUUGAGAAACCAAGUCCUCACACCCUAGUGGGUCCCUCCGCUCCGUACAAGCUUAGCACCCUGCAGAGAUUGAACAGGAACCCUUACCUGCAGAGCCAGAACCUUUACCAAAACGCGCCUUACGCGCCGAGAGGAGGCCUCUAUCCGCAAAGGGGAAUGAUGUACUACGACAAUCUAGCUAUGAAGGUCCCGGUGCAGACGCAGACCUCCAUAGACGGGGACUCCCAUCACGAGGACGAGCAUGCGCAGUCGCAGGAGGAGAGCGCCCCGACGACCCCAAGCGGCCAACGUCCGAGGAAGCCUAUCAGAAAGGACAAGAACGUGACGACCAAGGAACACAACCCCGUUUCGCCUGCAACCCAGAGGAAGCUGAAGAAGCAGAGCAGUUCCACCUCGGCGGAGAUACCCGAGUCACCUGGCAAAGUGCCGCGAAAAAAGCCCAGGAGGCUGAGCAUCACCACGACGACCACGUCCGAGGGCCAGGAGGACAAGCACGAGAGCAGGUCGUCCUCGUCGGGCCAAGACUCGCCCAAGAAGGACCAGAUGAGGAGGAUGUCGUUGUACUUCAACGCGAAGAAGAGACCCUCCCUGGCGUCCGUGAAGACAGCCAGGAGCGGUAGCUUGGACAUGUGCAAGGAAAAGGACGCGAUGAUGAACUCCGAGAGGGAGAGGACCACCUCUAUCAGCAGCAGAGACAUACCUGGGGCCAAAACGAGGAAGGUUAGCACCAGCAGCAGCAACGUGCCCUGGUGCGCUUGUUGGGGCAACGGUUGCAUCUAGACUCGAGUUCGGAUUCAGGUGUUGUCGUCUGCUAGAGACACUCUAGUCAAUUUUUAGGUCUUAAUAGAUACUAAAUUAUAUUAUGUGACAGCUCUAAGGCAAUCCGCUCUAAUUUUCACGAGUUCUCAAAGUACAGCCACCUGGCGCCGCAGCGAGUUUCGCGAAAGCCCGACUAAAUGAUCACGAGCAUGGAUAGCUAAAUGAAAUAUCGACCAGAGUGCGACACGCUCCAUGAGGAGCGGUAUCGACCUUUACCGCAACUACAAGGGAACCGCUGCAGCCAAUCGCAAAGGUCGUAAAAGUAGUAGCGACGGAACCGGAACACCAUAAACCUGUAACUGUUCAGGUGACGCUCGCAACAGAGGUUCCUGCCAAGAAUACACGAGACCGUAGCCCGCUCUCGAUAGUCGAGGCGGACGUGGAUCGAAUUAAACUUGCAAAAUUAAUAUUUAAGCAGCGCCACGCGUUGGGGACUCUAACUGAUUGUCUCCGGCAAUGGUAGACGUCGCGGCAUUAGCUGAUAAUUUUAUAUCGAUUGCUCUUCCGACUGUUACUUCGUAAGACUAUUAAAUAAAAUUGAAUUCCCACUCGUUCGUGGGACACUUUCGCGAAGAGACAGUCGCCCAUGCAUUUACCUAGCGUUAAUGGUAUCAUGUAUAUAUUACCGUUAAGUUUCGUAUAUUGUAUAUUUAUGUAGCUGUUAUUAUUUACAGUGAGGACUGGAUAAGUGCAAGCUGACUAUCCCCACCACUGGGGGGUUCCCCUUUGACGCUCGGCGAGCGAGCAGUGUAAUAUGAUCCUAAUCCAAAUAUCGGUGAGACUAUGCACUAUUGUCUCACCGAUAUGCUUUUACCGACUGCUUUUUUUCCUCGGACCUCUUUCUCUUUCACUCUCUGUCCUUUUCUACGUUCGACACUCGACUCGAGGCAAAUAUAAACACAGAAUAGAAACCUCGACUGGAUAAUUGCAGUGUUCGGGUCCCUUUUGUCUUGUGCUUAUCCAGUCUUUACUGUAUUCGGAAUCAACGCGACAUUUUCUGUAAAGUCAAGGGAAAAUAAAACGACUAUUCGCUUA